GCUGGACAGCAGCACACCGGUCGGAACCUGGAGUUACAAGGAUGGAGGUCCGACCAGAUCGGGCAAAGGCGGUAGCGGCCAAGACACUUGGGAAAUUAUACAGGGUCCUCGAGAAGCGGCAGGAGAAUGGCGAGACCAUUGAGCUGUCGGCGGAGGGCCGUCCAGAGCUUGUUGAGGAGAAGGAGCUGCCGGUGGUGGACUGCACCUGCUUCGGCCUGCCGCGGCGCUACAUCAUCGCCAUCCUCUGCGGCCUGGGCUUCUGCAUCUCCUUCGGCAUCCGUUGCAACCUUGGCGUGGCCAUCGUCAGCAUGGUCAACAACCACACCAUCUACAAGGGGGACAAGCCCUACAUAGUGAAAGCUCAGUUUUCAUGGGACCCGGAGACAGUGGGCAUGAUCCAUGGCUCAUUCUUCUGGGGUUAUAUUGUCACACAGAUCCCAGGCGGAUUUAUUUGUCAGAAAUUUGCUGCCAACCGAGUGUUUGGCUUUGCUGUAGUUUCCACUUCCAUCCUGAACAUGCUGAUUCCUUCAGCUGCGCGGGUCCACUUUGGCUGCGUCAUCUUAGUUAGGAUAUUCCAGGGCCUUGUUGAGGGUGUGUCUUACCCAGCGUGCCAUGGUAUCUGGGCUAAAUGGGCUCCACCCCUGGAGAGAAGCCGAUUGGCAACAACAGCCUUUUGCGGUUCCUAUGCGGGAGCUGUGGUGGCCAUGCCUCUGGCUGGUGUCCUGGUGCAGUAUGCUGGCUGGCCCUCAGUGUUCUAUGUGUAUGGGACCUUUGGGAUCAUGUGGUACAUUUUCUGGAUAAUGGUGUCCUAUGAGAGUCCCGCUGCCCAUCCCACCAUCACUGCGGAGGAGAGGCAGUACAUAGAAGAGGCCAUUGGAGACUCCGCUGGCUAUUCCAACCCACUGCAGAAGUUUAAGACUCCCUGGAAGCAGUUCUUCACCUCCAUGCCUGUGUAUGCCAUCAUUGUGGCCAACUUCUGCAGGAGCUGGACCUUCUACCUACUGCUCAUCAGUCAACCAGCAUACUUUGAGGAGGUGUUUGGCUUCGAGAUUAGCAAGGUGGGCCUGGUCUCGGCCCUACCUCACCUGGUCAUGACCAUCAUAGUGCCCAUAGGGGGGCAGCUGGCCGACUACCUGCGAGAAAACAACAUCAUGACCACCACCAAUGUCCGCAAACUCAUGAACUGUGGAGGUUUUGGGUUGGAGGCCACAUUUCUAUUAGUGGUGGGGUUCUCUCAUACCAAAGGAGUGGCCAUAUCUUUCCUGGUUUUGGCUGUAGGCUUCAGUGGAUUUGCAAUAUCAGGGUUCAAUGUGAACCAUCUGGACAUCGCUCCACGGUACGCCAGCAUCCUCAUGGGUAUCUCCAACGGUGUCGGCACGCUCUCAGGCAUGGUGUGUCCUCUCAUUGUGGGCGCCAUGACCAAGAACAAGACGCGAGAGGAAUGGCAGUAUGUCUUUCUCAUCGCCUCACUUGUGCACUAUGGUGGUGUGAUCUUCUAUGGAAUCUUUGCGUCUGGAGAGAAGCAGCCGUGGGCUGAGCCGGAGAACAUGAGCGACGAGAAGGUGGGAAUCCUGGGAGAGGACGAGCUCGCCGACGAGACGGAGGAGCUGUACAGGACGUCUGGCGGCGGAGGCUACGGGGCCGUGAACCAACCGGACAACCCGAACGGAGGUGGGGGAGGGGGCGGUGGUGGCGGCGGAGGGGGCUGGGUGUCCGAUUGGGACAAGACGGAAGAGUACGUCCAACCCACAGGAACCAACAGCUACCUGUAUGGAGGAGACGACGACAGGGAACUGACGUAGAUAGAGCGGUAGAAGGCCAGAGAGGGGUAACAAACAAAGGGUGGAGGGUGGAGGGUGGAGGUCAGGACUGAAGUGUAUGAAAAGACUGAAAUUGGAAAAAGUGGGGAGAAGGGGGCUGAACAGAUUAAAUGACAAGAAAUAUGAGAAUGAGUGAAGCCAAAGAUUACACAAAACAAAAGAUAGAAAACAUACCUUAGAAGAAAACAAUUGUGUGUUUGGAAGUGUCUCUGUGUGUGUUUGUGUGUUUGGAAGUGUCUCUGUGUGUGUUUUGUGUGUGUGUGUGUGUGUGUGUGUGUGUGUGUGUGUGUGUGUGUAUAUAUGUUUGUGUUUGUGUGUUUUAUGAGGAUGUUUUGUGAUUUAAUGUGUGUCAGAGCAUCUCACAGCAAUGCUCCACUGCUAGCUCACCCUGUUACCCCUUUUGAUUCUGAUGCCCCUUUCUUAAGUAACUAUGGCCAGUUUAUAUUUAGUUGGACCUCUUUUAUGAGGUACCCUAACCACUGUUGCAAGCCUCAAUCGAUAGGAGAAAUGAAUUGGUCAGAAAGAGGAGGACUGGGAAUAUCCCUGUCAAGGAGGAAAGGAGUGUAUUUCUCUUGUGCCAAUACAAUACUCAGUGUGGUUUGAAUGUGGCAUUGGGCCCUACAAAAUGUGGAGUAACAAAAAUUCGCCCCUCUUAAUAUAUGAUGCAUUCUACAUUCCUGCAUCUUUGCUUUAAGUAGCCAUACUAUAUUGACACAUCUUACUGUAGAUUUAUAACCUGUACUGAAAUGGUGCAGCAAUUGAAAUUAGGCAUUUUGGGCUAGAUAAACAGUGCCUAGAGAAGAAUUUCUAAUAUGAUAGAUUAUCGUAUUGAUUCUGUAUAUUGCAUUUUUAUGUUUUGCAGUGCAAUAGCAUCUUGAACACCAGUGUAGAUCAGAGCUUGAAUGUUUGUCAUACUAAAUUGUUGUUUGUUUAUUUGUUUGAAGUUAUAAUUUGCAUUAUUUUGUCACAUAUAUGAAACCAUCGGCCUAUCAAGCGAAUCUGUGAGGCCUGCUGAUGAUGAGAGGGAUGAAAGGAAGAGUGAUGGAGGUCAUUUAGUUCUUACCGUCCAAUCACCCACUCCCACACAUACAAACACAUAGAAAAGGUAAUUAGCUGAAACAGUCUGAUCCAAUCACAGAGUCUUUACUUAAUGACUGACAGCAAGCGUAUCCACACAGAUUUCAGUUAAGGAGGGUUGUGUUAGUGUGUUAGUGCAACUUAAUACCUCUCACCUAGAGAACUGAAAUGAUACUUUCCUUCCAUCUCUCUCUUCAAUGCCCCCCCCACUUUCUGUCACCCAACUCCCUCCCUCUUCUAUUUGAUCUCUGUCAGUAAUCUGUUCAGCUCCGAACAUUUGAAUCUCUCUCCUGAUGUAUAGGCGUCCUGUGCUUUGGCACGGUUAAAAGGGGUGUGUUUGCUGUGUGUGUGUGUGUGUCUGUGGGUGUGCACCUUGUUUGUAUUUAAGGAGAGAGCACGCACCCACCCACGCAAACCCACAUACACUAAUCUAUGUAUCUUAUUAAAUCAAAUCAAAUCAUAAGCAAUAAUCGCCCUCCUGGAGUUUGCACCCACCAGCACUGUUCACACGUACACUCUGGGCGUUGCUAUGACACCAGGGCCAAAGCUGAGCACCAUUUCUAUUCAGAGUAGUUAGGGAGAGACGUCACUGGACAGUUAACACGUAUCCAGGAGUUUGCUCACAGUAUGCGGUAAGCCUUCCUCGUUGUGUCCAGGAGGGGGCGCAGUAGAGUCUUCAGCCACUUCCUCUACGUGUGCUUUCUUUUGUUUCUCUGUAAAUUUUACUAUCAGGUUUUAUUAUUAUUAUUCAAAUGUUUCUUCUUUACAGUUACAUGUAAAAAAUGUAUAUGUAAAACAACAUGUACAUGUGAAAAUGAAAUGUGUAAAAUAACAGAAGAGAUAUUUAUUAUGAAUAAUAAUAUUAUUUAUUACUAAUACUGAACAUAAUGACCACUGUCAUGAUUUGAAUAUUAUUUAUUUUGUCUUUUCAACCUUUGCAAGUUUGUAUACUUGUAGAUGGUGUGUACAUUGGGAACACACUUCCAGUGUUUCAAAAUAAAAUUCUGUACUGUA